AGGGUCUGAUGAAGCCUCAGAACACAGCUCAGCCAGCAGCUUAGCUCCAGGAGCUCCAGCGAACAGGAGAAUAUAGCGCACCGAGCACCAGCAGCACCUCCACCGCGGACUAUCUGCGACCAUGUGGCCGGCGGCGCUCUCAGCCCUGACCUUCACCCUGAUCACUGCCACGGCGGCGGCGGCCGGGGGGCUCUUCAACUCCAACGCCAUCAAGGUGGGUGCACCUGUGGAAAGCUCGGAUCAGGCGGUGAGCGAGAGCCCACAGGUGUUCCCCGUGGAUGAGGGCAGUCAGAACUUCGCCACCGACACCAUGCAGCCUCUUGUAUGUGUGGUGGAUGAACAGUGCGCUGAAGACGAGUUCUGUUUCCGAUCGCGCGGCGUUUGCCUCCAGUGUAAGAAAAGGAGAAAGCGCUGCAUCCGGGAUGCUAUGUGUUGCCCUGGAAACCACUGCAACAACGGAGUGUGUCAACCAAACGACCCUGACAUUGCCCUCCAAGCAGGAGUAGAAGAAUUUGUGCUCGUUAGCGCCCCCCAUGAGGAGAACGCCACACUGGUACUGCAGCCCAAGUCACCGGUUCAUAAUCUAGCUCAAAACCUGAAAGGUCUUGAGGGCGAGACCUGCCUGAGGUCUUCUGACUGUGCGGAGGGGCUGUGCUGUGCUCGCCAUUUUUGGUCAAAGAUCUGCAAGCCUGUCCUAAAGGAGGGUCAGGUCUGCACCAAGCACAAGAGGAAAGGCACUCACGGACUGGAGAUCUUCCAGCGCUGCGACUGCGAUGAAGGCCUGUCCUGCCGGACGCAACGAGGAGACCACAGCAAGUCCUCUAGAAGCCUCCAUACCUGCCAGAGACACUGAGAAUCCAGUGGGAUUUUGUUUGCGUAAAGCUUCUGGAAAGUGGGACCAAUCUGAAAGAAAGAGAAAACUCCAUUACUGAUGGAUUUUGAUGGAUGAAGGGAUGAAAGGAUGGAUGGAUUAUGAUUGGAAUACUCUUGUUCUUACUUCUUCCUGUCUACAGUUUGUAUGUCAACAUUGCAGAGUAGAUAUACAUGUUUCUCUAUGGAACUUGGCUUUUGAUGGUUGCAGUACAUUACUGUAUUGUAAAUACUAGGGAAGUUGGCACUUAACUCUUUUUUUUGUCAACACAAUGAUUUUUGAGGAUGAGGAUUUUACCAAGCUUUUUCCAGUUUAUUGUAAAUGUACAUACAGAUUUUCAUGAUCGUAUAGAGUCUGAUAUAUGUCUAUUUUUUAUUCUAAAUAAAGAGUUAUGAUAUUUGAUAUUUCAAA